AUGGCGACUAAGCUGCUCGCAUCGACGCCUCUGGCCAAGACAGCCUCAAAUGUAGAUGAUUUCGAGAAGUUGCGAAGCAACUCCUUUAUUCAGCGGACCGCCAGGAGCUUGACUAUCAUUCAGGCCGCUUGCAUCGUCGUCUUCGUUAUAGUCAUGGCUUUCGGAAUCACUAGACAUGGCGGACAAAGACAAGGCACAAUAGACGUUUUCUCCGACAUGGAUGGCUCGACAUGGGGCGGAGCUGUGUGGGAAGAUCAAGUCAGAUCUUCCGCGGCUACUCGAGGAAGCGGGAUGGUGGUGCUCGUGACGGGAGCAGCAGGCUUCGUUGGCUCGCACACGUCACUUGCUUUGAAGAGGAGAGGCGAUGGCGUUGUUGGAAUUGACAACUUCAAUAGCUACUACCCCGUUGCCUUAAAGCGCGCCAGACAGGAGCGACUAUUAGCUAACGGAGUGUUCAUCGUAGAGGGCGAUGUCAACGACCAGCGGCUUCUUGCCAAGCUUUUCGAAAUCGUUAGAUUCACGCACGUUCUUCAUCUAGCAGCACAGGCCGGUGUGCGCUAUGCCGUUCACAACCCAUUGGCGUAUGUUCAGAGCAAUGUCGCCGGUUUCGUUACUCUCCUUGAAGAAAUUAAGAAAGCGGAUCCACAGCCGGCAGUUGUCUACGCGUCGUCCAGCAGCGUGUACGGCCUGAACUCCAAAGUGCCGUUUUCCGAAGAAGAUCGGACUGAUCGCCCAGCAAGCUUGUACGCCGCCACUAAGAAAGCGGAUGAGGUCCUGGGACACACCUACAACCACAUCUACGGCCUCUCCAUCACUGCUCUUCGAUUCUUCACGGUGUACGGUCCUUGGGGUCGUCCGGACAUGGCGUACUUCUCCUUCACGAGGAACAUCAUGGCCGGCAAGCCCAUCAAGAUCUUCCGUGGGCCCAAGGGAGAGGAGCUGGCUCGCGAUUUCACGUUCAUUGAUGACGUCGUGAAGGGCUGCGUGGCCUCUCUGGACACCGCCUUGCCGAGCGUUGGCAGCAAGGGGAAGCGGCGGAAGGCUCAGUUCCGGGUGUACAAUCUUGGCAACACCCAGCCGGUUAAGGUGGGGGACUUCGUCAGCAUCCUGGAGAAGCACCUGAAGGUCAACGCCAUUAGGGAAGUUGUCCAAAUGCCAAGCACUGGGGAUGUGAUGUUCACGCACGCCAAUGUGACCAGGGCAAAGAAUGACCUAGGGUAUAGCCCAUCCACGGAUCUUGAAGUGGGGCUGCAAAAGUUUGUGGACUGGUACCAGGUUUACUACAAGAGAGGUAGCGGCCAUGAGCAAUCACUGCAAGGAUACAAGCCUUACUGA